GUGGGUAGUGCAGCGGCAGCGCGAGGCAGAUUAGAGCUGUGCCUGGGAUCAGUGAGCACACGCGCUCUAUCCCCCUCCCUCUCAGAGCAACUAGUGCCUCUGUCUGUCUCUCCUUUCUCCGCAUUUCCUCUCUCUUUAGCUUUUCACUAGUUUUCCCCUCAUUCUGAUGUUCCCGUCGGCGGAUGAUUCGUGUGUUUCUCUUUGAGAAGCAGCUCUGAUUUUCCUUUGUGUAAAAAAAUAAUAAUCGCGCAUUCGCACGGACUCGCGCUGCGCGCACACCGCUCCGGUUAAACCAGCGCCGUUUCCUCUUUUCUAGUUAAACGGAAAUAAGAAUAAAGAAAAUGCAUCUUUACAAUUUCAUCGGUAUUUCCCCAUGUAAGCACACACACUCCCCCCGUAUGUUAGUAUUUGGUGUAUAGCAGGUAGAACGAGCGCUGGUUUGAGGUUUAGAGAGACCGGGCUGUAAGUAGGUCGGGCUGGGUUUAAGCGGCUUUAGCCUGCGUCAGCCUAAGCUGGGAGGAAUUCACCCAAAGCCCUCCGCGGUAGGCGGGGGCCUAAACGAGGCUGGCCUAGUUAAGCCUGAUUCUUAUUGUUGCCCGUGUGUGUUGUGUAACACAGAGCAGAGAAGACCUCGGAUGAGAGAGAGUACAUGCGUUAGACAGACUGUUUGAUUGAGAAUCCAUGACGGGGGAGAAAGAAGAGGGACAAGGAAGAGAGUGAGUGAGAGUUAAACCAGUAUUAGCCUGAGCCUCAUCACAACAGAAAGAAAAGGGAGGUAGAGAACCAGACCAAAUCUCAAAAGAAGGAGAGGAAAAGAAACAAGAUAUUGUGUUGAGUUAGUGCUGGUGUCUAGGCCUGGCUCGGUCCAGUCUGGUUCCCUGGGCUAUGUUCUAAGAUGGCGUCUGGCUCCGUCUACAUGUCGUCCAGUAUGGUGGGUAAGGCUCGCUCCUCCAACUUCACCCUGUCUGAGAAACUGGACCUGCUGAAGCUGGUCCGCCCACACAUUCUCAUCCUGGAGGAGCACACCAACAAGCACGCUGUCAUCGUGGACAAGAACAAGUGCUGGGACACAGUGUCUGAUCAGUACAACGUCCUGGGGGGGGACAGGCCCCCCCGCACUGCCCAGGGCCUACGCACCCUCUACAAGAGGCUGAAGGAGUCGGCCAAACAGGAAGUGAUGCAACGGAGACACGCCCAGCCAGAGUACAGAGGAAGUAUAUCUGAACCAACCAGGAGAGUGAUGGAGAUGAUACCUCACCUUUUCCGUCACGGAGCUAUUCACCAUGAUAAAGACCCAGCGACGAUGCACAGGGUGAUGUAUAAGCAUGACUCUCCCAUGGAGCAACCUGGCAGCAGCUCCUCCCUCCCAGACUACCCAUCAAACCCCGUCACCCACCACCUGGACCAGGAUGUGGUCAGGCUGGACCAGGAUGUGGUCAGGCUGGACCAGGAUGUGGUCAGGCUAGACCAGGACGUGGACGUGAAGCCUCCGCCAGACCUGACCAUCCUCUCCACCCGUGUGGGGGUGGUGCUAGGAGGAGAGGGGGAGGAGGAGGAAGAUGAGGACUUGGGCAGUGUCCAUGCCCGCUGUGACCCUGACAGGCUCCGUCCCCUUCAGCUGGCCAAGGAGGAGCACGAGCAGAUCAUGACCAAUCACAGAAAGAUGGGCGUAUACCUGGAGGAGAAGAGGGAGGGGCUAAAGAGGAAGCAGGAACUGGAGGAGGAGCUCCUGAGAGCAAAAAUCAAAGUAGAGAAACUGAGGGCAGCCAGGCUGAGACAUGGACUACCACUGCCCCUAUAACUAACACACCCAUGGCCUGACUGGACUGAGCAUAUGGAACUCAGGAGGAUGCUCUGAACUGUUUCUAUGUCUGUGUUUAGCGUGUGGAAGAGGGGUUUGGCCUGAGAAAUCAUGUUUGUGUGAUGAGCAGUGAGUUUGAAGGAGGAUUUAAAGGUCCAAUGCAGCCUUCUCAAUCUCAAAUAAUUUCUGGGUAAAAAUGAAUUACAUUACUGUGAUUGUUUUCUAUUAAAAUGCUCAAAAAGAGACAAAAAUAGAUUUUUUGCAAAGUUAAAUUUCUCAAGUAAGAAUUUUGCUAGGAUUGUCUGCGAGUGGUCUGAGUGGGGAGGGGAAAACUGAUAACAAACUAUUAUUGGCUGAACGGUUUUCAGCUCUCUUUCUUAUUGGUCUAUUAACACAUUUAUGGUGAUGUCACCAGGCAGGCCAAAACUCCAUCCCACCAAAACAGGCUGAAAUUUCAGCCAAUCUUUUCUAACAUCUCUUAUGCUAAAAAGGCACUAUCAUAGUUUUCACCAUUUCACAGUAUUCCAAUCUCAUAGUGUGGAAAUAUACAGGACCAGUCAAAAGUUUGGACACAUCUACUAAUGGAAUUGUACUAUUUUCUACAUUGUAGAAUAGUAGUGAAGACAUCAAAACUAUGAAAAAACACAUAUUUAAUUUUUUUUCAACAAACACACAUUGCACUAAAAAAGUGUUCUUCGACGUGGCCACCCUUUUGUCUUGAUGACAGCUUUGCACACUCUUGGCAUUAUCUCAACCAGCUUCAUGAGGAAUGCUUUUCUUACAGUCUUGAAGAAGUUCCCACAAAUGCUGACUACUUGUUGACUGCUUUUCCUCCACUCUGAAGUCCAACUCAUCCCAAACCAUCUCAAUUGGGUUGAGGUCAGGUGAUUGUGGAGGCCAGGUCAGCUGAUGCUGCACCAUCUCUCUCCUUGGUCAAAUAGCCCUUACACAGCCUGGAAGUGUGUUUUAGGUCAUUGUCCUGUUGAAAUACUAAUGAUCGUCCCACUAAGCGCAAACCAGAUGGGAUGGCGUAUCGCUGCAGAAUGCUGUGGUAACUAUGCUGGUUAAGUGUGCCUUGAAUUCUAAAUUAAUCACAGAUGGUGCUUUGCUCAUGACACUAUCACACCUCCUCCUCCAUGCUUCACGGUGGAAACCACACAUGCGGAGAUCAUCCAUUCACCUACUCUGCGUCUCACAAAGACAUGGCGGUUGGAACCAAAAAUCUCAAAAUUGGACUCAUCAGAGCAAAGGACAAAUUUCCACCGAUCUAAUGUCCAUUUCCCGUGUUACUUUUUUGGGCAAAGAAUCUUCUUAUUGGUGUCCUUUAGUAGUGGUUUCUUUGCAGAAAUUAGACCAUGAAGGCCUGAUUCAAGCAGUCUCCUCUGAACAGUUGAUAUUGAGAUGUCUGUUACUUGAACUCUGAAGCAUUUAUUUGGGCUGCAAUUUCUGAGGCUGGUAACUCUAAUGAACUUAUCAUCUGCAGCAGAGGUAACUCUGGGUCUUCAUUUCCUGUGGUGGUCCUCAUGAGAGCCAGUUUCAUCAUAGUGCUUGAUGGUUUUUGCGACUCCACUUGAAGAAACUUUCAAAGUUCUUAAUGUUCCCUAUUGACUAAUCUUCAUGUCUUAAAGUAAUGAUGGACUGUCGUUUCUCUUUGCUUAUUUGAGCUGUUCUUGCCAUAAUAUGGACUUGGUCUUUUACCAAAUAGGGCUAUCUUCUGUAUACCACCUCUACCUUGUCACAACACAACUGAUUGGCUCAAACGCAAUAAGAAGGAAAGAAAUGGUUUAACAAGGCACACCUGUUAAUGGAAAUGCUUUCCAGGUGACUACCUCAUGAAGCUGGUUGAGAGAAUGCCAAGUGUGUGCGAACCUGUCAAGGCAAAAGGUGGCUAUGUUUUAAGAAUCUAAAAUAUAUUUUGAUUUAACACUUUGUUUGUUUACUACAUGUCUACAUUUCAUAGUUUGGAUGUCUUCGCUAUUAUUCUACAAUCUAGAAAAUAGUAAAAAUGAAGAAAAACCAUUGAAUGAGUAUUUGUGUCCAAACUUUUGACUGGUACUGUAUAUAAAACACAGGAAAUCUAGUUUUUGACUGCACUGGGCCUUUUGAACAGUGUAUUUGCAUAAGGAAGUGUGUGUUUUGAGUGAGGAUUUAAACAGUGUGUUUGCAUGUGGGACAGUGUGUGGUGACUACGGUUGAGUUAUGACUCUGGAGCUAAAAACAAUACAGAUCUCUGCUUUUGUCAGACGAGAGGCGCUACUGUCACUGGUUUCGGGUACUAACGGGUACUAUUUUGACUGGUUUCAUUUGGUUCAAAACCCUGUGUUGCUUUACCAUCCCAUUAGGAGGGAAGAUGAUAGGUGAUGAGGAGGGGUUUAGAAGGGGGUGUUGCUGUUACAGUGGUGUGAUGUUCAGUGUUUGUUGUUCAGAUCUGUGGUUUCAAUGUUUUCUAUUAAAAUAGUUUUUCUA